AUGCCAAUUUUUGUAAAAAAAAAAGAAAUUAUGGACUACCAAACUCAAUUAAAUAACUUUUUAAAAAAGACAAGAUUUAAUCUUUUACAAUUUGAUAUUCAAAAUAACAAUAAUGACCCAAAAAAUACUCUAUACAAAGCAAAUUUAAAAUUAAUAAUUGAAAAUAAACCAUUAUGUGGAGAAUCAAAUUGGGAAUCAUCAAUUGAAGAAGCAAAAAAUCAAUGCUCUAAAAGAGUAUAUGAUUUUUUGAUUUCUGAACCUCAUUUUGAUAUAAAUAAACCACCAGAAAUAGAACCAUUAUUAAAGAAAAGAAAUAUUUUAUUUUUUUCAAUAAUUCUUAACUAUAUUUUAUUUAUUGUUAAUUUCCCAAAAGGAGUUUAUUUCUUUCUACCAUUUUUUAUAUUAAUCUCAAUAUUUUUGAUAGUACCUUGGAUAUUGUAUGGAAACAAGAGAAUUUUAAUGAGCACUGGAAAUAGGGUGAUUGUUAGAACUGAUAAAUCAUAUGAAACAUUUAUUUUACCAAUUAAAUAUGUAAAUCAUAGAGAUCUCGUAAUAGAUAUCUCAAAUGGUAAUUCUGAAAAUCAAGAUAUUGACCAAUUAAACUUUUUAGCAAUUGCAAAGAAUAAUAUAAUAUUAAAUUUAAUUCAAACUCAAGAUAUUGGUAAUGAAAGUCCAAUUUAUAAAAUUGUUCCAGGUUGUGGACAUAGAGUAAGAAAGUCAUCAGGAGGAUCAUAUUCAUGUUUAGUAAAAAUAAUAAAAAAUGGUAAACAGUUAUAUUAUCAUAGUACUGAUGUUUCAGAGGAUUCAUUUUUUCAAACUUCAAUACCAAUUUUCAAAGUUAUGUCAAAAAGUGGAGUUCAUUACUUUCCAGAACAAUACUCAAAACCAAUUGAAAUGAAUUCUUUUGAAAGGUAUCAAACUAUAAUUUCAAUUUUUUACAAUUAUUUAAUUUGUUUUUUUUAUUUUUAG